AUGGACCAAAACCGGCAUCCGGCCGUUCAGGUCAUCAUCAAUAGCCAUCUUCAGGCGCAGGACAAUGGUUCUCCGGGUCUAUUGCAGCACCGGGAUAGGCCAUUAGCUGUUGAGAUGGCCUUACAGUACUCACCCAUGUACAGCACGCCAAUAUUCGGAUUGGAUUGCAUCCUGCGUCCUGAUGUCGGCCGACCUCCCACUACAACCUCCAUUAAUCAUAUCCUUCAGUCCGGCCGUAUUGCGCUAAACGAUCUUAAUAUCGAAAUUCGAUCUGGGCAACAUGAAUCAAAUCGUCUAGAGACGUCCCGGGAAUACCUGCAACAGCUGCUGGACGGCGAGCAGUUGACUGAAUUCAAAUUCAAACUACCUACACGAAACCGAAACCCACCCCCCUCCUUUGGUGCUUCUCACGGCCUCAUUUCCAGCAGUAAUACCCUCGGACCAUUUGCCAAAAUGAUGUUGGACUCCACGGAUAUAGCAUUUCGAUAUCCUACACCAUCAGAGACUGACGACGGAACGCCUUCCCCAAAAUCUAUUACAUUUGACAAGAAGCCACCCUCAAAUCAUAAACCUUCUCCCACAGCGUACAACCAGCAACCACAACCCUCGAGCCAACUGUCUGUGGUUAUUCCAAUCAAACCUCUGCCAAACGUCGACAACAGCCACUCUGCACCAAAGAAGAGGAAGCUGAGCGCCGGUGGAGAUGGUAACUUAGCCGCGAUUCGUUUGAAAGAUCAAAAGGAGGAAGCAGAUGCUGCUUUGGUCAAAUUGCAAGAUCUGCUCCAUGAUAUCUUUGAAUCUGAGAAUCAAUAUGACCCUGUAUCCUCCGAUGCAGGCCCUGAUCGAGCAAGCGUAAUUUUCAGUUCCCCACACUCACUAGAGAUCAAUGGGCCGGUUCUCUCCUCAGAUGCGCAUUCGCGUCUCCAGAAGGCUAUCAAGAAGGUAGUGAGCUUUAAUAGGCUCCAAGACAUCCCUUCAGACUACCUGACUCGAAUACAAAAGCUCUGUGAAAAGCCCAUAAUUGCCGCACAAUCUCCUGAUUUGAAACUAGAAGAUGCUUCUGACGAGUCGGUGACUCAGGAUUGGUUGAGGAGAUUAGAUGACAUGCACAAUGCUCUUCUGGCGGUUGGCACUCUGCUUCAGACAAUGUCUGGUUCCCAGACAGAGAGGGAUCUUUGCCCCGAAGAUUUGAUUGAAGCCAUUCCGAAUGUUCUUAAUCAAGCCUUUGAUCACUGUAUCAUUCCUGCUGUGGAAGCUCGUCCCGGAGGCAAAGAGGGAAAGUUUUUUGAAUUCUUUUCCCAGCAACGACGUGCUAUCGGUAGUGUGAUUCAGCAAAGCAAACGCGUCCUAAGUCUUUUUGCCGAUUUUCUUGCCCGGAUUGAUGUCUCGGAAGGAACCAUCACGGCGAUCGAAUUCUUCGCUGCAAAACUGAUCUUUGUGGAGAACUCUCACACAGAAAAGGACUCAGCGGUCGGCUAUCAAAAAUAUGAGUCCGUUCGACGUGGGGCGAUGGAUGUGUUGGCGAAGAUAUUUUCAAAAUAUCCGGCCCAGCGUCCGUUUAUUCUUGACGAAAUCUUGGUUUCACUAGAAAAGCUCCCAUCUACUCGUCAGAGUGCCAGACAGUUCAAGCUUGUCGAUGGCAAAAAUAUUCAGCUUCUAACGGCGUUGGUGAUGCAGCUUGUCCAAACCACUGCAUUGGACACACCGCUGUCGAGGUCUGCUAAGCAUAAGCGCAAAAUUCCCAAAUCAGAAGAGGAAGAGGAGGAGGAUGAACCUGCUGGGGAUGGCCAAGUGAUUGACGAUGAUGACGAACCCGAUGUGUCUUUGGAGCGCCUAGCAGCGAAGGUUAAUCGCCUGUACGAUAAUGCAGUACGAAGUGCUCAGUAUAUUGUGAAAUUCAUUGUCCAACGUGCAAUGACAUCUACAAAAACCGGCGACCAACCAUACCGAAAUAUCCUUGAUCUCUUUACCGAAGAUUUGAUCGGGGUUUUAGGAUCUACAGAUUGGCCUGCCGCAGAGUUGCUUCUGCGCAUCAUGGCAUCUCAUAUGGUCAGUAUUGCUGAUCUGGAUAAGAGCCCUGCCACAGCAAAAAGCAUGGCCCUUGAACUUCUGGGCUGGAUGGGCUCUGCCAUAUCUGACCUUAUUUCAACUGCCCAACACCUGCUUCCCGCAAUGGAGGAGUCUGACACCGAGCUCGCCGAUUAUCUAAAACAACUUUUCGAUGAGUAUUCAAACCGCGCCCUGCACCCUCAGGACCUUGUUGUUUCAGACGGCCCCUACCGCAUGACUCUCGAGUACUUUAUUCAGGACCACAGCCUAGACAACUGGCAGCUCACUAGCGCCAGAGGCUAUUUUCUAGCGCAAUGGGCUAAAACAUUUUGCUCCAUCUACUACAACUCCGAGGACAAAGAUGGGGUCACAUAUGAUGAUGCAACGGAAAACCUCGUCCAGCUCUUUGCAAACCUGUUUUCGGACCCCCUUUGGCUGGAAACCCAUAGGCAAUUCGACAAGAUACCAACUGCUCAUGGUAGAUUUGCCUACAUUCUCACGGUCUUAAACUCGAGUUUCUGCAAGGCUUUCGAUACCAUCUUGAAAGUUCUUCUCAAUUCAAUCACCAGCGAUCAAGCUAAGGUGCGCAGCCGCAGCUUGAAGAGUGUAAUUUAUAUGCUUGAGAAAGACCCUAGUCUUCUCGACCGAGAUGCUUCAGUCAUGCGUGUAAUUCUCCGGUGUGCGACGGACGCCUCCCCUAUGGUCCGCGACUCUGCACUAUCUCUGAUCGCAAAAUGUAUGAUUUUGAAACCGAAGCUGGAGGAAGAUGGAUGCCGAAGCAUUUUAGCUUGUGCCGCCGAUCCAACAGCUGGAGUGAGAAAACGCUGCAUCGGGCUGCUCAAAGAUAUCUAUCUGAAGACAACGCGCUUGGAGUUAAAGCUAGCUAUUCUAGAUAGUUUUCUUCAGCGAACUGUUGAUCUUGAAGAGAGCGUCGCGGCUUUAGCACGUCAGACCUUUGAAGAAAUUUGGCUUACGCCUUUCCACGAACUAAUUGACUCAUCUCAAGAUAACCCUAAACUGAAGGUUGGCCUUGGAGAACGAGUGGCAUUAUUUGCCAAUUUAGUUCAAAGGAGUGAAACGGCGCUCGACACUCUUGGUGCGUGUCUUAAAAAGCUUUUGUCCGAUUCUUCCAAGUCGUCUUCCCUGAAUUUCAAAGUAUGCAAAGCCAUGGUUUCUACUAUGUUCGAGAGGUUGGUUGAGGAUAACGAGUCUUCCGGGAAAGAAUUCCAGCAGGCUUUGCUGCAGACUGUGACAGUGUUCGCGAAAGCCAAUGCAAAGUUAUUUCGCCCUGAUCAACUGGAGACUCUUCAUCCAUAUAUUGGACAUCUGGCCACUGCGGAAGAUCUCUUUCUCUUCCGGUCCGUGGUGGUAAUUUACAGAUGUGUCCUACCAUUUCUUUCUACCGCUCACAAUACCCUCCUGAAGGAAGUGCAAAAUGACCUCUUCAAGAGCGUUGCUAAACUUGCACGCUCGGAGCUGAACGAGGUUAUGGCUUGUCUGUGGACUAUUAACGGGGUCCUGCAUAAUACCGACCGGCUUGUGAAACUCACCAUCUCGGUUCUGAAACCCAUUCAGCACUACAAGAACAUUGACCUUUCUAGCAGCACGAAUUCUGCUGUACUUGCAAGAGCUAAAAGUUAUAUUCGAAUUGCGGGUUGUGUGGGUCGACACUGUGACCUUGAGAAAUAUGAGCCGCAUUUUAAGAACGCAUUCCCAUCCUGGAAAGGCGGAUCAGUGGCAGGCUUGAUGGUUGAUUCAAUUAUUCCAUUCACUCUGAAAACGCAGCCGCUCGAGUUGCGCGUUAUGUCGCUUGAAAGUUUGGGCUCCAUUUGCCAAUCGUGGCCAGCGCAAUUCGGCCGGGAGGAAUCGAGACGUGUCUUGUCGAUGGUAUUCGAUGAAGACAACCCGAGCCUUCAAAACAUUGUGUUAAAGUCUUUUGCAGAUUUCUUCGCCAUGCACGAGGGCAAGGCAGAAAAGACCGUCUUGUCAGCGGCCGAAGCUACGGACCUCGAGAAUACGACAAGACUCGGCGGGUCACUGAAAGCGAGCGACAACGAUGGCGCCGCCGCGUUAAUCGCUCAGCACUUCCUUAAAAACAUGCUGCGAGUUGCGCAAUCACGACAGGAUUCAUAUGCGCUGACAGCUAUUGAAUUAAUUGCUAGCAUCAACCGACAAGGUCUUGUUCACCCUAAAGAGUGUGCCGGAGUCCUGGUUUCGCUAGAGACAUCUACCGUCCCCGCUAUUGCCAAGGUAGCAUUUGAGACGCAUAAGAUGCUCCACCAACAGUAUGAAUCCAUGUUUGAGAGGGAAUACAUGCGUGCGGUCCAUGAGGCGUUCUAUUAUCAACGCGACGUUGUUGGUGAUACCAUGGGGGCCCUAGCCCGCCCAUACGGUUCGAAGCUUGGGCCAUUGUUCGAGAUUGUCAAAAUCAGCAAUAGCCGGUACCAGAAAAAGUUUCUGGCAAAUCUAUGCGCGAAGGUUGACUUUGAGCUGAAAAAGCUUGACAUCAGCGGGGAUCCUCCCGAACAUCUCCUCCUUGCCCGGUUUAUAUCGCAGAACCUGGCCUUCUUCGAUUAUCACCAGCUCGCGGAAUUGGUGCCCACCAUCAGCUGCAUGGAACGGAUCGUCUCCGCAACAGGGACAAUUGUAGCUCACACCAUCGAAACCGAGCUAUUCCCGUACAAAUCUGAACCCCCCCCGGUCAAUGGAGCCGCGGAGCCUAUGGCGGAGAACCCGGUCAACGCGAUGCCACUCCACAACAUCAACCCGGCCACCUUACGACUUCUUACCGUGGCGGCUGCAUCCCUUUCUAUGCUUUGGGAGGCUCGGACCUAUCUUCGCCGCCUAUAUGGAGUGGCCGCGCAUAUUCGGAACAAGAAUAGCAAGGCUGGCGCCAAGGAGCUCAACAAGUCUGCAACCAAGGUGCACGGAAUCACGGGCGAUAAAUUCUGGGAAGCGAUUGCGCGAAACAUGGCAUGCUUGGAGAGCGAGCAGAGUAUGAUUGGAAAAUGCCGAGAGUUUGCUACGUUACUUUCUAUUGAUGACGAGUUCAAGAUUGGGGACGAUGAGGAUGCAGAAGGAGACGGCUUCGACGGGGUUGGCGAGAUGGAUGACCCUGGGGCUCCCUGGAUUGCGGGACAGCGGCCCGCCAAACGCAAGAGUUCGGUCUCAGGGCAGAAUCCGAGCAAGCGGCCCCGUGGACGGAAACCUGGGUCUGGGAAGAAGAGAGCGAGCACGGAACCCGAAGAAGAAGGGGGUUGGGAGUAA